AUGGGUCAGUUUUCUCCUGUACUCAUCAACGGUCAUCAGGGGGUCCACCCAAUCAGAGUUCCGUUCCAUCCUCAACGCGCGCCACCUCGCGGAUAUGGCUGCUUUACCGCGGAAGCUGCAAUAAAGGCGAGACCAAAGAUCUUCGCUGUUGUUCGCCCACUAUGGACGUCAAAUCCACGUUGCUAUGCUGCGUACCUCCAAAGUGUAGUAAUCGAAGCCUUGACCAACGGAGGUAUAUCGACCAGUCAGGAAGUCAGAAGACGUAGAGUCAUACAGCAAGCUUUUUAUAGGAACCGCGAGUGA